CCCCUUACGUGUAAUGAAAUCGCCCGAAAACAAAAUGGCGAUCACAAGACAAAAAUCAUACUCGUAGUUCACAAGUUUACCGCUUCGUCGUCUGUGGUUUGCCUAUGGAAGCACAGAAGACAGCUACACUGGUCCACCUGAAAGGAUGGGCUCUUCCAGCCAAAGAUCUCAGGAUGCUGCACUUCCAUCGCGCCCAGCAGACGUUCAGCACGGACUCGGAGGCCUCUGACCAAGCAGUUCCGCUGUUCCUGGGUGCAGACGUCCUGGCAGGGUCAGGGAUUGCCUGUGAUAACCAGCCAAGGAUACAUGCAAGAUAUGCCAAGAAAGGACUGGCAACAAAGUUACACUUUGAAGCUGGUGUGAAACUUGCAGGCAUCCAUGGCACCUGUAAAGGUGUGUGGUUCUACAGCAUCCAGGGCGUGUUCAGGGCAGUGUUCGAGCUUCACAACAGGCAGAGCCAGCUGGAGUGUCUAACUGUUCUACAAGAGCUAUGGAGAUUAAGGUUUGAUGAUGACCUGCUACAAGAAUCCUACCAUAUAAAACAAGACACAGAAAUUGAAGAAACUGGACAUCAACCAGCCAGAAACCCAAGUCAACAUGUUGCCUCCAUUAAAAAACAGUCCUUGGCAACGUAUUCUGUUGCUCAGUCUGAUUUCAAACAAACUGCCAUGGCAGCAACCUUUCAGCAAAAUACCAUGCAAUCCUGCGGACUUAAAGGUCAUGGGAAAGCAUCGCAGACUAAUGCCUUAAAGCAGACUGCUCAUCCACAGCUGCAAAUUGGUCCUAACGAGGCUAAACAGGACUAUUCUGCAGAUGCUAAUGAUACAGAGAGCAGGAAUGACGAUUCUAUCACAGAUCACAACUACAGCAGCUCACAUCCAGAUGACGUCUUGUGCCAAAUAAUCAGGACAUUAGACAAUUUAGCAGAGCAACAACAGCUGGAUGUCUUCUUAAGAAGAUGUAUUGAGUUACUGACUAGCCUUGUUUCCAUUCUGAAGGACACGGGGAGCAUGGGGUUCCCUCUAGAUCUGUUAGGAUGUUUUGUGACAAAUGUUAGGCAGCUGACAGAAGAUCAGCUGCAGGAUGAAAGUCACAUGAGGCAGAUGUCAAUGGUGGUAGUCAGUGAAUGGUUAGGACAGCAGUUCCAAAUGAGUAACAAAGACAUUGUCAGAAGGGUGGAGGAUUUUAAGAAGAGACACAUUAUGUGUGUGGACAACCUUCCACCAGCAGAGGAAAUAAUUGAUGAACUUUUCCCUCCUGCAAUGAAAACAUUAUUUUUGACGUGGAUGGCCUCAUCAUCUGGUAACAAGGAGUCUGGUGGUGGGUCUGACCACCUCAUGUUUGACAGUAGUCAGUUUCCAGUCUUACAACUCAUCUUAGAAUUUGCCAAUCACACCCUGAUCUCUGGUGUGGCUCAUGUAUUAUACAGCAGGUUGAUACACUCCUGAGUGCUCUAUAUGGGGCAGUAUUACAGUGGUCGUCUGCCAGUUCAAUCUGCUCCCCCCUGUCAGGUAUUAUUAAAAUACAUCCAUCAUUUGUCAUGACUGUCUAUGUUUUAUACAUUAUCUUCAUAAUGAGAUUUUCAAGAUCCAUUAUAGUUGCAUUGUUGAAUGGAUUAGUAGCCUUCGAUCAUAGAUUAGAUCAUGCUGAAUUAUUACUUACUAUAGUUUGCAUGACGUUCAUGGGAAAUCAUUGAUAAUUAGAUUUGGAUGUUACAUUGGUCCCAAAAAUGUUGGUCAAGACUUUGAUUGCAAUGUAAUCUCCAAGAGGAGGUGGCUCAUCCUUUAUCAUUGGGAUUACACAUUUUUAUUCCUAUA